UUUGUUGGCGGUCUUGUGGUAAAUAGACUCAUUUAUAUCUUUGACAUGCAAGAGGUGAACUCAUAGUUUCCUUUCACCAGUUUGUGGCCGUGAUGAAUAUCCCCCACAGUGUAAGUGAGGGGGAGCAGAGGGGCUUGUGUGUUAUAAGAGCUAGAUCAAAAUUAAACUACUCAGAUGAGAGAGAACUCCUCAGUUUGUCACAGCAGAAAACAUACGCACUGCGCGUGCUGUGUGAACAAGACGGCUCUGCAGCACUCAGAUCUACUGAAGCUAACAGUGAGAUCAUUUACUGAGUGAUACAGAGUGUGCUGAGAGAUUCUACGCUCCACCAUAAACACCAAAGUGUAAAUGUGAAGAUGCAGUUGGGCCUGAUUCUAGCCGCUCUUCUCUGUUUUACCACAUGGGCGAACUUGGUACAUGCAAUGCAUGGACCUGUGCAGUCCUGUUCAUGUCUUUUGUGGUCAAACACCAAAGUCCCUCCUGAUAGAAUUAAAAGUUACACCAUUCAGAAGGAAGGUGCCUGUACCAUUGCAGCAGUUAUAUUUCAGACAAAGAAAAAAAAGACAAUUUGUUCCGACCCCAACAGCAGCUGGGCAAUAAGUGUGAUUCAGAAGGUUGAUGAGAGGGUACAAGCAUCAUCGAAGAAGACACCAAAGGAAAAGGGAAGUGACAUGACACCAACAAGUCGCAUUGCAAGAACAACAGUCAUGACACCAGCAAGCGGUGUGACAUCAGGAGCAACCAUGGCACCAGGAAGUGACAUGGCACCAGCAGCAACUAUGUCAUUAACAAGUGACUUUGCACCAGCAGCAACCAUGGCACCAGCAAGUGGCAUUGCACCAGCAAGCAGUGUGGCACCAGCAGCAACCAUGGCACCAGGAAGUGACAUGGCACCAGCAGCAACUAUGUCAUUAACAAGUGACUUUGCACCAGCAGCAACCAUGGCACCAGGAAGUGACAUUGCACCAGUAGCAACCAUGGUACCAGCAAGCAGCAUUGCACCAGUAGUGACCAUGACAUCGGGAAGCGCCGUUGCACCAGCAAAGGCACCCAAAAAAAAAAACAUAUCUAGGAAGAGACGAUUCUGGAAAAAGAACAGGAAAAUGAGACAGUGGCAGAGAAAACUGUGUUGAGGAGCAACAAGAAACAAACAGUACUCAACUAUCCUACUAUAUUAUGUCUGACAGAAAUAAGCCUGAAACAAACAAAAAAAAAAAACAGUAAUAUGUCAUUUAUUUAAAA